GUGUCCACCAGGUUUUCUUUGCAAGUAUGGAUUCAAGUCAAGUCCUUCCCAUCUAGAUAGUAAUAACUGGUGCCAUUUAUUUCCUGUUUUUCUAGAUCAAUGAACUGAGCCAUGUUCAAAUCCCUGUUAUGUUGAUGCCAGAUGACUUCAAAGCCUAUUCAAAGAUAAAGGUGGACAAUCACCUUUUUAACAAAGAAAACAUGCCAAGCCAUUUCAAGUUUAAGGAAUACUGCCCAAUGGUGUUCCGGAAUCUUCGGGAGAGGUUUGGAAUUGAUGACCAAGAUUUCCAGAAUUCCUUGACCAGAAGUGCACCCCUUCCAAACGACUCCCAGGCACGCAGUGGGGCUCGGUUUCACACAUCCUACGACAAAAGAUACAUCAUCAAGACCAUUACCAGUGAGGAUGUGGCCGAAAUGCACAACAUCCUGAAGAAAUACCACCAGAAACGUCAGGAAGAUGUCCACCAUCUUGGGGUUUCCCUGGCCCAAGCAGUACCCUAUAGCUUGCUCAUAGGGCAUGUCCUGGUGCUCUCAGAGCUGCAUCCCCCAUGUGUCUAG